AUGAAUAUUGAUACUAUUAGAACUGGAUCCAUUUUCGCCACUUUUCCUGAAGCACGUGCAGCUAUAGAAACAUAUGCUGCAAAAACCAACACCGUAUUAAUUUUAGGUAGAACAACUAAGAAUCCAGAUGGCAGUGGCUAUAGGCAGGCAUAUUUUGUUUGUGAAAGACAAGGAAAGUAUAGUGGAAAAGAGGAGAAACACACUACUAAACGGACCGGUUGUUCUUUUAUGAUUGGUAUAAAUUACCGAAAGCAUUCAAAAAACUUUGUAAUUACAAAGUGUUGCCUUGAACAUUGCCAUGAUAUUUGUCCGGAAGCAACAAAAUUUAGCCCUGCUAUACAUAAAUUUGACCAAGAUGAUCUUGGCCUAAUUGAAAAACUUUGCAACAAUGGACUCCGCACAAAAGACAUAUUUUCAGUGCUUAAUUCAGUAAGUUCAAAAUAUGUCCACAAGCCUGAUGUUUACAAUGCCAUAAGUCAUCAGCGUCAAAAGAAAUUACAAGGUUUAAAUGAGAUCGAGGUAUUACUUAAAACUCUGCAACAUGAUGAAAAUGUUCUGGGUAGUAUUGCAACAAAAGCCAUACACAAUGAUGAACAUGACCAAGACGGUGAAUUUAUUCAGAACAAGCUCAAAAAAGAUGUCAAAAUUGAUGAAUUUAUUCAAGCUCUUCAAAAGCUUGUAUAUGGGGAUAUUUCAAUAAAUGAAGAAAGCUGGCUCGCACCAUAUAUGAAUAAUAAUAUCAACCUUGAUAUAAGGUCAACUCAACGUGUAGAAAGUUUGCAUAGCAAACUAAAGGAUGUUGAAAACCGAAUUACUCCAAUUGAUAAAUUACUUUCAAUUAUUUGGUGGCAACUUCAAGAACAUUCCCAAAAGCUUGC